AUGGCUGGACUGAAUGCAGCAGGAUCUUACAUGGAGCAUGUGGAGUGUGCUCCAUUAAGAAGAAAGGACUCAACAAAUUCUCUUGAACAAAAGAUUAGGCACUUGGAAAAACAGAGGCAAGAGCUCCUAGAAGUCAAUCAACAAUGGGACCAGCAGUUCCGAAAUAUGAAAGGGUUAUACGAAAGAAAGGUCCUGGAGCUGCAAAAGAGAUUGGCGGCCACAGAAGAUAUCCACACCAUAGAGAAGGAACAGAAACAAAGUGUGGCAGAGGGCGACAGGCAGCUAGAGAAAGAAAGGGAAAGCCUAAGGGAAGAAUUGCGAGCCCUGAAGAAGGAGAAUUUGCUGCUGAAGGAAAACAAUGCUCUCGCAAAUAGGAAGAAAGAACAUUAUGCCUGUGAAAUUAAACGACUCAAUAAGGCUCUUCAGGAUGCCUUGACAAUCAGGAGCCCUUCGCUUUCUGAGGGCUCCAGGAAGUGUACAGGCAGGUGCAGCCAUGCCAAGAUGAGAACAAAGGAGGAAAGUCACAAGCACCAGCCAGACUAUCAGUGGAAUGCUCUUAACCAGACUCCUCCACAUGUACAGCACAAGGCACAUGGUAAGAGCACAGCUUUAAUGGGCGUUCUUUCAUGUUUACAUACAAGGUAUCAAAGAGUGACCUUUCUAGACGUGUACCCGACGACACAAGCCUUAUGA